CCGCCCGCCGCUCGACAUGGCCGCCGCGCUGGGGAGGCUGCUCCGCGCCGCGGUGCCCGUGGCUGCCGCCGCCGGGAGGAGAGGGACGGCACGGCCCCCGGCCUGCGCCCGCCGCCCCUUCAGCCUCGGCUCCUCGCGGCUCGCCGUGGCGGUGACCCAGCACGCCCCGUCCUUCAAGGGAACGGCCGUCGUGAACGGAGAGUUCAAGGAGCUGAGCCUAGAUGAUUUCAAGGGGAAAUACCUGGUUCUCUUCUUCUACCCCCUGGACUUCACCUUUGUCUGCCCCACGGAAAUUGUGGCCUUCAGCAACAAAGCAAAAGAAUUUCGUGAUGUGAACUGUGAAGUGGUGGCAGUUUCAGUGGACUCUCAUUUUACUCAUCUGGCAUGGAUAAACACACCACGAAAGAGUGGUGGUUUGGGAAAAAUGAAUAUUCCAGUUCUGUCAGACCUGACAAAAGAGAUCUCCCGUUCUUAUGGGGUGCUCCUGGAAGGACCUGGCAUAGCACUGAGAGGUCUGUUCAUCAUUGACCCAAACGGGGUCAUCAAGCACCUGAGUGUCAACGACCUGCCCGUGGGGCGCAGCGUGGACGAGACGCUGCGCCUGGUCAAGGCCUUCCAGUUCGUGGAGACACACGGCGAGGUGUGCCCGGCCGACUGGACUCCCAACGCCCCCACGAUCAAACCAAGCCCAGAAGGUUCCAAAGAAUAUUUUCAAAAUGUGCAUGGAUAUAAAUAAACAGUCAAAUAUGUGGACAAAAGUGUUUAGGUUUGUCUGCUGAAGACACUAGGAAAACAGCUGUGAUUGUAAAAAUUAAUAAUAAAAAUAAAAGCUGUCAUUUUCUCAUGUUUAAGAAGAAAUUAAAUGCUAAAAUAUU